CUGGAAUGAGAGGAUGCAGCACACAUGCAGCCAAGUACUCCCAGUAUCCUGAAGGACAACUCCCUUUCUCACUGCAGUACGAACUGCCUUGAUUGCUCAGCGUGUGGCAGUGUGGGUCCAUGCCAAUGGCCUCAGUAAGGCCCAACGUGCGUUUGCAGGUGGAUGAGAACCUCCGGUCGAUGCUGGUGGGAUCACUGAUGAGGAAAGUCAAAUCCAGGAACUGGAAGCGGCAGCGGUAUUUCAAACUGCAGGACGACUGCAUGAGCAUCUGGUACAAAUCAAAGAAAACUGGGAACCCCAAGUCUACCUUCUCUAUCAGUGACAUUGAGGCUGUACGGGAAGGACACCAGUCCGAGGUCCUGCAGAGUAUCGCUGACGAGUUCACAGCUGAUCGCUGCUUCACCUUGGUUUUCCGCGGAAGGCGAGGGAACCUGGAUCUUGUGGCGGAUUCCCCCCAGGAGGCGGAUCACUGGAUCCAGGGAAUCCGCAAACUGAUCGAGAAUGUCAAAAACAUGGAUCAGAAGGAGAAACUCGACCAGUGGAUUAGUGACUGGUUCCAUAAAGCUGAUAAGGAUAAAGAUGGGAGGAUGAAUUUUAAGGAGGUGCGGGUUUUGUUGAAGAUGAUGAAUGUGAACAUGAACGAGGAUCACUCUUUGCAUCUCUUUAAGAUGGCAGACAGAUCACACUCAGGAACACUGGAGGGCGAUGAGUUUGUCUUGUUUUACAAGGCCCUGACUCAGCGGGACGACAUUCACAGACUCUUCAAUGAAUUUUCCAAAGACAGGAAGAAGCUGACACUCCUGGAAUUUGCAGAUUUUCUAAAGUACGAGCAACUCGAGCAAGUAGAGAAUUUGGAGACAUUUGCCAUGGACCUAAUUGCCACAUAUGAGCCAUCAGAGACAGCCAGGAAUCUCCAUGCCAUGACAUUAGAUGGAUUCCUCAUGUACCUCUGCUCUCCUGAUGGUUCCAUCUUCAAUCCCAAACAUGAGCCGCUUUAUCAGGAUAUGUCACAGCCCCUCUGCCAUUACUUCAUCUCGUCGUCUCACAACACCUACCUGAUGGAGGACCAGCUCUGCGGACACAGCAGCGUGGAGGGCUACAUCAGAGCACUGAAGAAGGGAUGUCGCUGUGUGGAGCUUGACUGUUGGGAUGGUCCGAACCUGGAACCUAUUGUGUAUCACGGGCACACGCUGACCUCCAAAAUCUUCUUCAAAGAUGUCAUCUCCGUGAUCAACAAGUAUGCUUUCCAGGUCUCAGAAUUCCCGGUGAUUCUGUCCAUCGAGAACCACUGCAGCAUCGAGCAGCAAACUGUCAUGGCUCAUCACCUGCAGAACAUCCUGGAAGACAAGCUGGUGAGAAAUACCAUUGAUGGAAAGGUCCCGACUGGAUUCCCAUCUCCUGAGGAGCUGAAAUGGAAAGUCCUGGUGAAGGGAAAGCGGAUUGGAAAGCUACAGGAUUGCCUGAACGGGCAGGGAGAGGACCAUGAUACCGGAGAGGUGACAGACGAAGAUGAAGCUGCUGAGAUGGAUGACGAGAACAUCAGGAAUGAAUUGAAGAAGAAAGGGAAGGGGUCGAAGCAGAGAUUGGCCAAGGAAUUGUCAGACUGUGUGAUCUACUGUAAGAGUGUCCAUUUCCAGAGCUUCAAACAUUCCCGAGCACAUUACAACUUCUACGAAAUCUCCUCUUUCACUGAAUCCAAGGCCAGAAAACUGAUCAAAGAAUCUGCGAAUGAGUUUGUCUGUCACAACGCCUGGCAGCUGACCCGUGUGUAUCCCAGUGGCUUCAGAACAGAUUCCUCAAACUUCAGCCCCCAGGAAAUGUGGAAUGCCGGCUGCCAAAUAGUGGCGCUGAAUUUCCAAACAGCUGGUGAGGAGAUGGACCUGAAUGAUGGGCUGUUCAGUCGUAAUGCUCGCUGUGGCUUUGUACUGAAACCCGCAUUCAUGAGAACGACUGAAUCGAACUUCGACCCCGAAAAUCCCCGAGAUACAGCUGGUUAUCGACCCCUCAAUCUAACCAUCCAGGUGAUCAGUGGGCAGCAAUUACCAAAGGUAGCCAAUAGCAAGGAGGGAUCGAUCGUGGAUCCUUUGGUGCGAGUAGAGAUUCAUGGAGUGGCCAUGGACACCAUGAAGCAGGAGACAAGAUACAUCGACAAUAACGGUUUUAACCCGGUGUGGUAUGAGACUCUGAAUUUCAUUAUUCAUGUCCCUGAUCUGGCUAUGGUUCGAUUUGUGGUUGAAGAUUAUGACUUGGCUUCGAAGAACGAUUUUGUGGGUCAGUACACAUUACCCUUCACCACCAUCAAGGAAGGUUACCGCCACAUUCACCUACUCUCAAAGGAUGGGACAGGAAUCCCCCCAUCCUCAUUGUUCAUUCACACAAGGAUCACUGAAGUCCCAGGGAGAUAACUCAUCCAUCACAGUGAGGACAGAUGUUCCCAGCCCUUGCAGCCUCUCCUUGAUUGAU